AUGCCAUUCACUGAGCCCAGGCGGAAGCGCAAUCGCACUCGAGAGAUAGCGAUCCACCGAAGACUCUGUAUUGCAGCUAAUGAGAAGAAAUUUCGAGCGGCAACUGUCAAGGAGGCUAUGGUGAUCAACGAGGUAGUCUUGGUUGAUAAGAAAGCUGGUUCUAAGGACUCAUCACUGACUCAGUCCGAUAUCUGCUCGAUGAGUGAUGAACAGAUUAAGGCCCGUUUUAGAGUGACCUUGGAUCUUAGAAGACUUAAUGCUAUGCAACUGGUUCCGAAAACGGCUCCUGAUAAAUCGGGUGGUUAUGUGUGGGUUAUGAAAUCUGAUGUCGCAUCAAUUCCUAGGAGGAGUG